ACCAUUGUGCAUCACCAUGGCGAGUUGCUCCUUCAGAGACCGAGUGAGGAGGAGACUGAGAACUGCACCAGGGACUACAACGGCAGCUCUAGCUGCGGUGGCGACCACCCCACUUCUUUCCUUGGGAACCCCAACCGCACUCAUUGGGACCAGGUUGUCUUGUCCGGGAGCCAUGUGGCUCUCCACUACCACUGGCUCCCGGUCACACUCCGAGUCCGAUGAGGAGGACCUUCCCGUAGGCGAGGAAGUCUGCAAACGUGGGUACCUGCGGAAGCAGAAGCAUGGGCACAGGCGCUACUUCGUACUCAAACUCGAGACCGCAGAUGCCCCAGCUCGGCUGGAAUACUAUGAAAAUGCCAGGAAGUUCCGGCACAGUGUCCGCACAGCAGCGGCUGCAGCAGCAGCGUCAGCCUCGGGUGCCGUGGUCCCCCCGCUCAUCCCACCUCGGCGCGUGAUCACCCUGUACCAGUGCUUCUCGGUGAGCCAGCGAGCGGAUGCAAGGUACCAACACCUCAUCGCUCUUUUCACCCAGGACGAGUACUUUGCUAUGGUAGCUGAGAACGAGUCAGAGCAAGAGAGCUGGUACUUGCUGCUCAGCCGCCUCAUCCUCCAGAGCAAACGCUGCCGCUAUGGCAUGCCCAGCGUGCAGCCAGGUAGAGAGCCUGCGGUGCUGGCCGCCACAGCGGUUGUGGAGCCACCCUUCUACAAAGAUGUGUGGCAAGUAAUAGUCAAACCCAGGGGGCUGGGGCAUAGAAAAGAGCUGAGCGGCGUGUUCCGACUCUGUCUUACUGAUGAGGAGGUUGUGUUUGUGAGGCUGAAUACCGAAGUGGCGAGCGUGGUUGUCCAGCUCCUGAGCAUCCGUCGCUGCGGGCACUCUGAACAGUAUUUCUUCUUAGAAGUAGGCAGGUCCACAGUCAUCGGUCCGGGGGAACUCUGGAUGCAGGUUGAUGACUGUGUAGUGGCUCAAAACAUGCAUGAGCUCUUUUUGGAGAAGAUGAGAGCCUUAUGUGCAGACGAAUACAGAGCCCGCUGCCGCAGCUACAGCGUCAGCAUCAGGGCCCACCUGUUAACCCUGCUGUCCACUAGUAGGCACCUGGACAUGAUGCCACUCGAACCUGGCGGCUGGCUCAGAAGGUCCCGCUUUGAGCAGUUUUGCCACCUCAGGGCCAUGGGUGAUGGGGAAGAUGAGAUGAUCCUCACCAGGCGCUACAUAACACCCCAUGAGUCUAUGCCCCACUCCAGGCAAAGAAAACUGCACCUGGCCAGACGGCGCAGGUCCAGAAGACCGAUUUCAGUGCCAGCCAGGUUUUUUUGGACCCUAUCACCCAGUCCCGUGCUUGCCCUGCAGCCCGCAGAAGCCCCCAGCGACAGAGCUUGCCUGUUUUCUAAAGCAUCUGGUUCUGGUUCUGGCAGCUCUGUGGGAAAAGGCAAUCCUCAAGGCCAAGAGGGUCAGGAAGGAAACACAGGCAACUACAUGCCCAUGAGCAACUGGGGCUCAAGAGUUGGCCAGGGGUCAGGAGGAAACCAGUGCUUAGGCAUGGGGCAGGGCUCUGGGGGUGGCCAGGGCUCAAGUGGUAGUCAAAUUUCAAGUAGCAAAGGCUCAGGGGGCCAUGGUGCAGGAGGAAACCGGUGCUCGGGAGAUGUCCAAGGCCUCACAGGUGGGCACAAUUCAGGCAGUGGCCAGGGAGCCAGUGGUGGGCAUGGCUCAGGCAGUGGCCAGGGACCAGGAGAUGGCCAUGGAUCAGGUGGUGGCAUGAAGUCUGGAGGGGGCAAAAGAUCAGGAAGUGGGAAAGGCUCUGAUGGCAAUGUUGAACGUAAAAAAUCUCUGAAGAAACUAUCUUAUUGGGGCAAAAUUAUUCAAAACAAGCAACAGCAAAUGCCACCACCUCCACCACCUCCACCUCCAUCUCCAUCCCAGCCAGCUGGAGCAACUGGUGGAAAAGGGAAAUCUGGGGGAAGAUUCCAAGUUUACUCUUGUACUGACACAGCAGUUGCAAAAGAAUGCAAAGUAGCCAAAGAAGUCAAAUAUGCAGAGACUCCAGAAGGUGCAGCUUGUGGCCCCCAGAGAGUCAGAACUUCUGUUGAAAAUGAGGAAGACCCGUAUGUGCCAAUGAGGCCAGGCGUGGCUUCCCCUCUUGAAAGCUUUAGUGAUUAUAUGCCAAUGGCUCCUCAAAAUGUUUCUACUUCAAGAAAGUGCCAGUCUCAACCCUCUUUUGAAGAUUCAAAUGGGUACAUGAUGAUGUUUCCCAGAGUAAGCCCACCACCUGCCUCAAGUCCUCCAAAAACACCUGAUCCUGAUAAAGAGGGUGACUCUAAGGACAAUGAGAGUGACAGUGAUUACAUGUUUAUGGCUCCUGGAGCUGUUGCAAUUCUCAAAAACCCCAGAAAUCCUGAGGGGGACAUUUCCUCCAAAAGUUGGAGCUCCUACUUCUCUCUGCCAAAUCCUUUUCAUGGCUCCCUGUUGGAACAGAGUGACCACGGUGAGUAUGUGUCAGUGUUAUCUGGAAAACUUCUGGGGAAAGGCCUAGACAAAGAAGCAUCAUCUAUCAGGGGCCCCUCAUCUGAAGGGGCCCCAAAGCCUUCAGUGGAAGGCUUUGAAGCUGCCCUUCAGUCAUUCUCAAAGCCUGGAGAUUGGGGGUCAUCUUCAAAGUCUUCAGAUGAUGGGUUCCCCAAGGACAAGGCUAAGAGACCUAACCGACUUUCUUUUAUUACAAAAGGAAAUAAAGUCAAGCCCAAACCACAAAAGCCCACAUGUGAGCAGAGAGAGGCUGACAACUCUAGUGACUGUGUCAACAUUGACUUCACUAAAAGAAGUAGCAAUAUGCCAGUCCCUUUUACUCAAGGACUGCCACAGUCAUGGGGCAUAAUUGCUAACCCCAGACAGUCAGCCUUUUCUCAUUACAUGAAUAAUGAGUUCAGAGUGCCACUUUGAAAUCCAGCAAAUGUCCUCUCAAAUAUUUUACGAGCUAUUCCAGGUGCCAACCGCUUCUCUCUGGACGGUGCUAGGUGGCCACUUUUGCCUCUUUUUACCAGUGCUACAGGUAGCAAUGCUAAUGAGGAAGGGUGUGAGUACAUUGAGUUCAACCCAGCAAUGACACCAGCCUUGCCUUUUGCUGAGUGUGCCAUUUGCUAUGAUGCCGAAACAGGUCGAAUCUAUGCGGUCGACCCAUUUUCUGAGUGCUGUAUGGACAUUUUUCUCUUCUCUAGCCACUGCUCCGAACUACCAACUGUAGCUAGGCUACUGCAGGAAGAAGAGCUAGAGAGAAGGCACCCACAAGGCUGUUCGCAAACUUUCUUUACUUCCGCCAGAGCUGCUGUCUCAGCUUUCCCAACAGAGUGCCUGGAGAGAGACCUGUACGCCUCUUUAGCCUUGGCCCCCGCUGUGGUCCUUGAGCCAACCUUAGCUGUGGGCCAUGCUUUAGCCACCGCCUCCGCCCUCGCUGCAGCUCCGAGCUUAGGCACAGCCGCUGCAGGCUUUGAGGCAGCUGCUGGAUUUAACUUUGCUUGUGUCCUCUGGUUCCAACCUGUUGCUAAUGCUGCUAGUGCUGAAGCUGUAAGGGGUGCCCAGGUUGCUGCCGGUGGCUCGAACCCUAGAGCCCCAAACCCUGCUGCAGAUCUUGCUGGAGGUGAGAAUGAGGCUGAUGGGGCUAUGGCCGCAGCUGUGGCUCGCACCCCACCACCUCGCUGCGGAGUGCCGAGACCCCCAGAAAGAGAAGAUUCUGAUGACAACAACACUUACUUGAGAAAUGACUUUGCCAGACCUGAGGACAAGUAGUUCGACUCUCCCCAAAGAGGUUUGUAA